AUGACGUGUCAAAAAUACGAUCUUUGAUCAGCGAAGGAAUGAAUAUGAGUAAUAAAAUUGAUAAUGGACAAACUGCAAUGCAUAUAGCCGCUGAAGAGGGCAACAUCGGUAUGAUAAAAUUAUUGCUUGAUGAUGGUGUGAGCCCGAACAUUGUAGAUGGUCAUUUUUCCACACCGUUUCACGUUACAGCACAGACAGGACGUGAGGAUAUAGCUCAAAUCCUCAUUGAAAGCGGUGCCAAAAUCAAUGCUCGGAACAUACAAGCGUGGACGCCAUUGCACUAUGCAGCUUUGUGGGGACACGCAAAGUUCAUUGAACUACUUAUGUCAUGUGGCGCUGAUGUAGAUGUUUAUGAUUUGAAUGGAUGUACACCACUCCACAUUGCAGCUUUGAAUGGUAAGGUGGAUGCCGUCCAGCGUCUCAUUGAAUUUGGUGCUUACAUCUUUGCCAAUGAUAACAAAGGGUUAACGCCAUAUGACUAUGCAAGAUUGAGUACUAAAUUAUUGGUUUUAGUACUGCUGUUUGGUUUUAUGACUGCAUCUCUGCUGGUUGUAUUCAAUCAAAUUUAUACCUCACUUCAGUUUUACAAUCGACUGCGUAAAGGAGAUUCGAUCGGUCAUGGCCAUUUUAGUGAUGUAUAUAAGGGAGAACUUUUGCCAAUAAUUCCAUGUUUCAAAACGAAAAGAGUUGCAAUAAAAUCGGUCAAGAACUGCAAUGAAACUGACUCAAAACUAACGGGAACAACUGAACUAUUGGCAGAGAUAAAUAUUGUAAAACGUUUGCCCAAACAUCCUAAUGUGGUUCGUUUUAUUGGGGCAGUCACUAAGAACCCUCUCGAAGGCGAAAUAAAGAUCGUUUACGAGUUUUGCCCAUACGGUGAUCUCAAAAGUUUUUUGAAGAAAAAUAGACAAUCUGCGGUCGAUCAGAAGCAGACAACAUCGAGCCAAUGUGGGUCAAAGGCUAAUGCAACAGGAAUCUAUGGAGCUAAAGCUGAACGAAUUGAUGAAGAAGAAGGUACGCUUUGUGAACAACAUUAUUG